AUGUCUUCAUCAAAUUCGCAAAAUGAACAGCGCAAUAGUGUGCCACAAAGAAGAUUUGUUCGCAUGUCACAGCGUGUAGAACCCCGUCCGAAUAAUCAUGUUACAAUAGUGCGUUCGAAUAAUCACCAGAUUCGUCGUCCUGUUGUUUUCGUCAUCUACUAUUCGAUGUACGGUCAUGUAGCAGGACUAGCAUCGAGUAUUCGAACUGGUGUUGAACAUGCCGGAUGUGAUUGUCAUAUUUUUCAAGUUGCUGAAACAUUAUCUAAUGAAACUCUUAAAAAUAUGAAUGCACCUCCCAAACAAAAAAACAUACCAAUAAUUAGACCUGAGCAGUUGCCUGAAGCCGAUGGUAUUCUAUUUGGUAUGCCAACUCAUUUUGGUACAGCACCAGCACAAAUGAAAACUCUAUUUGAUGCUUGUUCUAAUCAUUGGAUGUCCGAUGCAUUGAUUGGCAAACCAGCUGGAGUUUUCUUCUCAACAGCAACACUUGGUGGUGGUCAAGAGACUACUGCUCUUUCUUGUGUACCAUUUUUCACACAUCUUGGAAUGCUUUUUGUUCCACUUGGCUAUAGGAAUAAAUCAUUAAUGAAUCUUGAUGACGUUCAUGGUGGAUCUCCUUACGGAGCUGGCACAUUAGCUGGAACGAAAGGUGAACGACAAGUAUCUCAACUUGAACAUCAACUUGCACAUGUACAAGGAAUUGAAUUUGGUAAAGUCGUUUUAAAAUUAAGCUCAACACCGAAAUAUGCAUAA